GACAUGAUCGUACAUCAUACCCAUUUAUAAGCGUUAUGCCUGCCCAAGCAAAAUAAAGUGUACUUUAAUACAUGUCCGCGUCGAAAGAAAAUCACUAUACUAGUAGUUGAUGUACUAUAGCUGCGCUAAUAAUUGGCUUAACUUCUCAAGAUUGCACCAUGGCAAUGCUAAGGAUGACUGUGUUCAUUAUUCUUGUAGCUUUCGUCUACAAUUAUUAUCGAUCAAAAAACAAAAACAGAUUGGCUGUACUUGAAGGCGUUCCUGACGACGAGUAUGAUUACGUCAUCAUUGGUGCAGGAUCGGCAGGUUCCGUACUAGCCGCGAGACUUUCCGAAGAUAAACACUCAAAAGUGCUCCUGAUUGAAGCUGGUGGGCACUAUGAUGAAAGUGAAAAUUUCCAUAUUCCGCUUCUUUGGACCCUUUCUCAAAAGACUAAAUACGACUGGGAAUUCUACACUGAGCCACAGACUCAGUCUUCACAAGGUCUCAAGGAUAAACGCGCGUUUUGGCCACGUGGAAAAGUUCUCGGUGGAACAAGCGUUCUAAACGCUAUGCAGUAUACGCGAGGCAGUCCCUUUGACUUUGACGAAUGGGAGGCUGCCGGUUGUGAGGGAUGGGGCUAUGAAGAUGUUCUGCCAUACUUUCUAAAGGCUGAGGAUAUACAAAUAACGGAGUUAGAAACAUCUAAAUAUCACAGCAAAGGUGGUCCUUUGGCAGUUUCAAAUGGACACAUAACACCUCUAACGGAUGUGUUCACAAGAGCCGGCCAAGAACUAGGAUAUAACGUAACUGAUUACAACGGAGAAGAUCAGGAAGGUUUUAGCAUAGUUCAAAAGACGAUUAGAAAUGGGGUCCGUAGUAGUACUGGCCUAGAAUAUCUAGGUAGAGCCAAUGGAAGACAAAAUCUGCAUAUUUCAACAAACACUUUAGCUACUAAAAUUGAAGUUAUAAAUAAGCGAGCUGUUGGAGUUUUCUAUAUAAAAGACAGCAAGAAAAGAUACGUAAAAGCCAGAAAAGAAAUAAUCUUAUCAGCGGGAGCUGUAAACUCGCCACACUUACUUAUGCUGUCGGGAAUUGGUCCCGAAAAACAUCUAAAAGAGAUGAAUAUACCGCUGGUUGCUAAUUUGCCAGUUGGGGAAAACUACAGGAUCAUGAAAUGGUGUUUUU